UUGUAACUAUUACGUUUUCGUUUUUGAUAUUGUGUGUUAUUUAUUGUUUAUUAAUUAUUUUUAUACUAUUAUCUAAUCUCGUUACCAAAUCAAUAUGACAGAAUCUGAAGAUUCGGUUUCUACUGUUUCACCUAAUUCCUCGCCAACCGUUCCAUCUAAAUCGCCGCCUGUAACGAAAGAAGCACCCGUCAUCGCUCGCAGACCGAUGACCCUGGCUCAUCCGUCUAACGCCGUUAUGGUGACCGCAGCCAUUAAAGCGUUGAAUGAUAAAAAGGGCUCCACUCUGCAUGCGAUUAAGAAAUACAUGACCAUACACUACCAAGUCGAUACAGUCAAGUCUGCUCCAUUUAUUCGCAAGUAUUUGAAAGCGGCCGUUAUCAAGGGUGAUUUGAUUCAAACUAGUGGCACCGGCGCCAAUGGCAACUUUAAACUACCUGUGGAGGUGAAGAAAAAGAAAGUCACCGCCCCGGUUACCAAGAAAAAACCGACCGCUACUAAGAAGGCGGCAGUGACGUCUGGCACUGGCAAACGAAGGUCUACUGAGGAGUUGACGACGACGGCAGUAUCGAAAGCUAAGAAAUCCAAAAAAGUAAAGACGGCUGUUGUCAAACCGAAAUCUAAAACUACCAAGGUUGCUGCUGUAAAAGAUUCUUCUACGGCUAAAACAAAAAAGGCAGAAUCGGCUGCAAUCAAAUCAAAAACUUCAAAAGUUGUUGCUAAGAAGACUCCAGCUAAAAAAAAAGUAGCAGCACCCAAAAAGAAAUAGACAGAUCAAGCCACGUAUGAUGUAAAAUUAAUUGGGAACACAUAACAAUUCAUAAAAAGGUCCUUAU